AUGACAACAUUGACAUCAGAGAAUCAAUCAGCAGUUACCAGGUUUAGGGUACAAUGCUUUUCAGACAAACCAGAUCUGCAGACCCCUCUUUUCUUGAUUUUUCUUCUUUCCUUCCUCAUAAUUAUAAUUGGAAAUACAAGUGUUUUUGCAACUAUUAUUCUUAGUGUCCCACUUCACAAACCCAUGUACGUGUUCCUGGGCAGCCUCUCCGUCCUGGAUAUCUCCUCUGCCUCAACGACUCUCCCAAAUCUAUUAGCCAUGCUGCACACACAAGACAAGACCAUUUCAUUCGCAGGCUGCAUACUUCAGUUUUAUUUUUUCAUGGCAUUUGCUAUCACUGAAUUUAUUCUCCUUUCCGCAAUGGCCUAUGACCGCUAUGUGGCAAUAUGUUACCCACUUCACUAUGCUUUACGUAUGAGCCUGAAACAUUGUGCUAAGAUUAUAGUUGGUGUUUGGGUCGCUGGCUUUCUGGACCCAGUUUUACAUUCUGUGCUAAUAGCAAAAUUGUCUUUUUGUUCAUCCAAUCACAUUAAUCAUUUCUUUUGUGAUCUCACUCCACUGCUAAGAAUUUCCUGCAGUGACACCUCCCCUAUAGAGAUGAUUAAUUAUAUUUAUGGGGUAAUUGUGGGUUUUAGUACAUUCGCAAUCACCUCAAGCUCUUAUGUUUUUAUAAUGUUUAAAAUACUGAAUAUUUGUUCAUCCGAGGGCAAGAAAAAAACCCUUUCUACCUGUACCUCCCACCUCACUUGUGUUAUCAUCUUUUAUGGGACCAUGAUGUGUUUAUACUUGAGACCAACAAAAUCUUUCAGUCCCAAUCAAGACAUAUUUGCGCUUCUCUAUGUUGUUUUAAUCCCUAUGCUAAACCCUUUCAUUUAUACUCUGAAAAAUACGGAAUUUAAAGCUAAUGUCAGGAAAAUGAGUACUAGAAUUAAUUUCAAGUUGCUGAGUCUUAAUUGCAUAAAGAAACCACAAAAGAGAUUUUUAUUAACUAUGUUUACAAAGUGA